AUGAAGAUUAUCUCAAAACUUCUUGCAAAUAGAUUGAAACCUCUUCUUCCUAGUCUUAUCUCAGAGCAACAGAACGCCUUCGUUCCUGGUAGGCUGAUUCAAGAUAAUCUUAUCUUAGCGCAUGAGGCUUACCAUUACCUCAAGUUGAAGAGGUCAAAGAAAGGUCAUGAAUUCGCCUUAAAGUUGGAUAUGCAAAAGGCUUAUGAUAGGGUUGAAUGGGACUUUCUCGAAGCGGCUUUGUUGAAGUUUGGUUUUAGUUUGGCGUGGGUGAGGCUGAUUAUGAAGGUGGUUACCUCGGUUUCUUUCUCAAUCAUGAUCAAUGGGAAGCAGGGGAGCUAUUUUAAUCCUUCAAGAGGGUUGCGACAAGGGGAUCCCCUGUCGCCUUAUCUUUUUCUUAUUGUUGGGGAAGUUUUAUCAAGGAAUAUUGAAGCUGAGAUCAGAAAGGGGAAUCUUCAAAGUAUAAAGCUUAGUCCUCAAUGUCCAGGGCUCUCUCAUCUUAUGUUUGCUGACGAUACAAUCUUGUUCUCUAAGGACACUGCCUCAAAUUGUAGGGCUUUGAAGUUGAUCUUGGACUCUUAUUGUGUUGCUUCUGGACAAGCUGUUAACCUUGGUAAGUCAUCAGUUUUCUUCUCUGUUAACUCUCCUCUUGAAAUUCGUGAGAUGGUUACAGCGGAGUUGGAAAUUCCUAUCAGUUCUCAGCCGGGAAUUUAUCUCGGUCUUCCCACUAUUUGGGGAAAUUCCAAGAAAAGUGCGAUGGCUUACAUACGAGAGAGAAUUAAUCAAAAAAUUCAAGGGUGGAAGGCUAAUAUUCUUUCUCAAGCUGGAAGAGAGGUGCUAAUUAAAGCUGUUGCCAUGGCGGUUCCAGCAUAUCCUAUGGCUAUCUUUCUGCUUCCGAAGGUGCUUUGCAAAAAAAUCAACUCUGAUCUUUCUAAGUUUUGGUGGGGAUUCAAUGAGUCUAAAGAGAAAAUGCACUGGAAGUGUUGGGAUGACCUUUGCAAGGGAAAAUUUGAAGGUGGUCUUGGAUUCAAAAAUUUACAAGCAUACAAUUUGGCUCUUCUUGCUAAGCAUUGCUGGAGGCUAGUGAAUAACCCUUAUUCCUUGUGGGCUCGGGUUCUCAAAGCUAGAUAUUUUCCCCAUGUGAGUUUCUUGAAUGCAAAAAAAGGGUCUAGGCCGUCUUGGAUUUGGAACAGCAUGCUUGCUGGCAGAGACUCUAUUGCGGAGAAGUCGAUUUGGAGGGUGGGAAACGGUAAGAGCAUUGAUGUUUGGGUCGAUAGAUGGGUCCCAAACAACAAUGGUGGUCGUAUCAUUCCCACUGAUUUGGCAAACCGGUUCACUCCCUUGUUGGUUGCGGAUUUAAUAGAUUCUCAAAUGAAUUGGAGCAUUGAUCACCUGAAAGGGUUUCUUAGUAAGGAGGAUAUGAGUGCCAUUGGUGCAAUUGACACUGGUAGUGAGCAGGACAGUGAUGUGUUUGUGUGGCCUCACUCAAAAAGCGGCUCUUACUCGGCUAAGAGUGGGUACAAGUUGAUUUACUCUGAGUUGGGGAAAAAUUCUGGGAAGAAGAUAAAGCCUUCCACAUCUCACAUCAUUGAUUCCAAAGUUUGGAAAGCUAUCUGGAAACCAGGUUUUGUUCCUAAGAUCUCUAAUUUUAUGUGGCGUGCCCUUUCUAAUGCUUUGUCCACAAAUUGGUGUAUUUUUAAGAAAAAAAUCAUUCCUAGUCCGAUGUGUGAGCUGUGUGGAGAGCAUCAGGAAACUGUGGAGCAUUGUUUGUUGCUUUGUCCUUGGACCAAGGCGGUUUGGUUUGGAAGCACUCUUUGUUACAUUCCGGAUAUAGCUUCAAUUUCUACUCUUGAUGUUUGGCUGCUUGCUAUGUUUAAGAAAUUCAGUGGUGGGGAUGGUGGUACUUCUAACCUUUUCUUGUUAGUUUGCUUCCAUCUAUGGGAAAUAUGGAAGCAAAGGUGCAAGGCAGUCAUGAAGAAGAUUCUCCCAGACCCGGCUGCUACAAUUGAGUGUAUUCAGCGCAGUUUUGCCAAGUGGUCUGUUGUUCAGCCUAUUAUGCCGGAAGGAAAUGGGGAGGUUGGUCAGGUGGUCAGGUGGCUUCCUCCUCCUCCAGGUUUUGUGAAGGUGAACUUUGAUGCCUCUUGGAAUUCAAAACAGCCUAAGUGUGGAUUGGGAGUGGUUAUUCGUGAUGAGAAGGGUGUGUGUUUAGUGGGAGCAAGUCGUGUCAGUUCUCAUAAUUCUGCGGUUGAGGCUGAGUCUAUGGCGACUUUGGUGGGGCUUCAUAUGGUGGCUGACAUGCAUCACAAGAAGGUGGUGAUAGAAGGUGAUUGCAAGGAGAUUAUAAGCGCUUUCAAGGGUGAUUCUUGUGCUAAUUGGAGCGGACGCUGCGGCCAAGCUUGCAAUGGUGGAGUUGAGCUCUUCGGAAUGGGUGGAGACACCCCCAACUUCCCUCUGUCGGGUGUUGAGGAACGAUGGUUUACCAGGACCGCCCUAAUGUCUUGUUGUCUGCUUUAUUGCUUUAGUUUGGAUCUAAAAAGAUCCUUCUCUGCAAUAUCUGAAGCUUCCAAAUGCUCAGUGCAAGGGUUUCCUUUGGUAAGGAAUAUCAGUGAGCUUCCGCAGAAUAGCUAUGGAAUAGGAGGUUUGGCUCACACCACUGUUGCAGGGUCACUCUUGCAUGGCUUGAAAGAGGUUGAGGUUUGGCUACAGACAUUUUCUCCAGGAUCAGGUACACCAAUACACAGGCACUCGUGCGAAGAAGUGUUUGUUGUCCUAAAGGGCAGUGGAACUAUGUAUCUUGCACCAAACUCACACGCAAAGUACCCUGGAAAGCCACAAGAGUUCUCCAUCUUUGCAAAUAGCACAUUUCAGAUCCCUGUUAAUGAUGUUCACCAGGUCCAAAAUACAAAUGAGCAUGAGGAUUUGCAAGUGCUUGUUGUCAUAUCUCGUCCGCCUGUUAAAGUGUUCAUAUAUGAAAACUGGUCAAUGCCUCACUCUGCAGCGAAACUAAAGUUCCCCUUCUUUUGGGAUGAAGAAUGCCUUGAACUAGAACCACCUCCAAAGGAUGAGCUGUGAGACUUUG